UUAUUGUUCGUUUUUUUGAACGUAUUUGGUUUUGCUUUUUCUUUUACAUUCUUCCUAAGAAGAUACAAUAAACGUAUUCGGCAAGAUUAUUUUCAAAAAUUAUAUGCUAUUAUCAUUGGAUAUCAACAUUUACAUAGGGUGAUGGUAACUUUACAGAAAGAUGCUGAAAUACGACUUAUUGCGAUCAAUUCAAAUCUCUUAAAUUAAUUUAUGCAUUCGGUUGUCAUUGUCUACGGUGGAUAUAUACAUUGCUGAUUGCUCCGUUGGUUUUCAAGCUUCACCUAUUGUAAUGGAUAACUAGGUACAAAAAUGAGAAGGCAUUUGAACUUGGUGUAUCAGUUAAACAGAAACUUUAAUAAUUAAUGGAAGGUACAAAACAGGGAUUGGUUCUGCUCCCACAUAAGAUCUAUUUUUAGAUCUUAUGUUGAAAAAAAAGAAUUGUGAAAUUCAUACGAUGGUUAUACAAGAAAAGAGCUAUAUGUGAAGGAAAAAAAUGAUGAGUAAUGCAUGGAAAGAAAAAGAACCGAAUGAGGAUUCAUCAUUAUGAUUUACGGUAUUGUAUGCGACAUUUUGAGGGCAGAUUCAUCCUUAAUUAUGAGAUCGUAUGCAGUUGUGUCAUUAAACGACACUAUCGGGCAACAUGAGACAAUUAGUCUGAACUACCUAUAUUUUCAAGCAGACAUCCAUGCAUAUUUAAACGUGAUUUUUAGAUAAUAUGUAUUGAUCGAUGGUAUUGUUAGCCGAAGAUUAUAGAUAGCUUUACGCACCGGGUUAGGGGCUUGUAUAAAUAAUAUACCUAGUCAAAUGCAAGGGGUGAGACUUGAACCCAAAUCUAUAGUGUGGAGUCCAAAAUAAUACCACCACACUAUUUCUCUAAGUUUGAUAUAAUAUUACAAAACAAUGUUUUUAAAUAUAUAUAUUUCCCAACAGUUUAUAAGAGAGCAGUUUAUAAGAGAGGGUCUAAGUGCAUACAUUCACAAGUAUCUUAAAAACCUAAUACCCAAUCACGUUGGCAGUGAAAGCUUGAAAGAGAAGUUGCUCUCUAAAAUUAAAUUGAUAGUCGAUCAAGCUUUAAAUUCUUGGUCCACUCAAUCUUUCGUCGAAGUAAAAGAGUGCACUGCUAUUAUGGUUAUCGAGUUGGUAUUCAAGGAACAAUUAGGUUACGACUCUACUAAGUCUAGACAUGAUUUAGUUAAGAUGCUGUCCGAAUUCGUAAAAGGUCUAAUGAGCAUUCCUCUUAAUGUACCCGGUACUACUUUCCAUCGAUGUAUGAAGAAUCAAAAGAAAGUGUUGCAACUAAUGAAGGACAUCCUACGCGAGAGACAAAACUCAACCGAAGAACCCAAAGCGGAUUUUCUAGAUCAACUCAUCGAUGAUGUUAAAAAGGAAGAAUUCAUGAGCGAGGAAUUGGCAGCAAUGAUUGCACCUGUUUUUGCUAGCUUUGAAACAGUUUCUACAACUUUCAGAGUUGCUAUGAUGUCUCCAACAGACCAGCAGGGGCCUUUGGUUGCGAAGGAACUACUGGAUGAGCAUCAAAUAAUUGUUAGUAGCAGAGAAAAUGUUGAUUCUCCACUUACAGGGCAAGAAUACAAAUCAAUGACUUUUACGUCUCAGGUAACACUUAGGAUGACAAAUAGUCUACAAGGGGAUAGUAAGAAAGGGAAAUAAAGAUGUACAUGUAAAUCACAAAAUUGGUUAAAAAGACCAAAAUCAAAAAUUCCUGGGUGAAAUGGACAGUUAGAUUUUGAUACUGUUUAAAUGGAUAAAAAUGUAAAAAUAGGCAGGAUGUAACCAGUUUCAUCGU